UUACUGGGUUCGUCAGAUACCUGCCAAGAAACCACAGAGCUCUUUUGGAACAGCACAAGAGGAAGUGAAGAGACGUCUGAGCGAAAUGGUGUCAGCUGGGAUGCAGAUGCUGGGCGCCGCCCUGGGUGUCAUCGGCUGGAUCGGCGUUAUCGUGGUCUGUGCUCUGCCCAUGUGGAGGGUCACAGCUUUCAUCGGCAACAACAUCGUCACGUCGCAGAUCCAGUGGGAAGGCAUAUGGAUGAACUGUGUGGUUCAGAGCACGGGGCAGAUGCAGUGCAAGGUGUACGACUCCAUGCUGGCGCUGAGCUCGGAUCUCCAAGCUGCCCGCGCUCUCACGGUCAUCUCCAUCGUGGUGGGCAUCAUGGGCAUCCUGCUGGCCAUGGCUGGAGGAAAAUGCACCAACUGCAUAGAGGAUGAGAAGUCCAAAGGGAAGGUUGCUGUGGUAGCGGGCAUCAUCUUCAUUAUUUCUGGGGUAUUGUGCCUGAUCCCUGUGUGCUGGACUGCCCAAACCGUCAUCAGGGACUUCUACAACCCACUGGUCAACCAGGCGCAGAAGAGAGAGCUGGCAAAAAUGGUAUCCCAAGGCCUCCAGAUCUUAGGUGUUUUGCUGUCUAUGACAGGGUGGAUAGGGACGAUCGUCACUUGCGCUCUGCCGAUGUGGAGGGUGACAGCGUUCAUCGGAGCGAACAUCGUCACGGCGCAAAUCAUCUGGGAGGGUUUAUGGAUGAACUGUGUGGUUCAGAGCACGGGACAGAUGCAGUGUAAGGUCUAUGACUCCCUGUUGGCGCUUCCUCAGGACCUUCAGGCCGCCCGAGCCAUGGUCGUCAUCUCCAUCAUAGUGGGCAUUUUCGGUGUGCUCAUGGCUGUGGUCGGAGGAAAGUGCACCAACUGCAUGGAGGACGAAUCGGCAAAAGCUAAAGCCUGCAUUGUCUCGGGGGUGAUCUUCCUCAUCGCUGCCUUCCUCAUCCUCAUUCCUGUCAGCUGGUCUGCCCAGACUCUCAUCAGGGACUUCUACAACCCCCUGGUGAUAGAGGCUCAGCGUCGAGAGUUAGGAGCUUCUCUGUAUAUUGGCUGGGGAUCUGGAGCUCUCCUGCUGCUGGGGGGAGGGCUGCUUUGCUGGAAUUGCCCCCCGAAGGAAAACCAGCCGUAUACAGCAGCCAAAUUUGCCCCAGCUAGAUCAUUAUCCCCAGGGAUGAAUUAUGUGUAAGCAACAUGGCGCAGGUUUCCAUGAGAACUCUGAACAAAAGUGGACUCAUAUAUCGUGUCUAUGUCUAUGUCUCCGGAAAGGCAUGUAUUUUCUUUUGUUUUGAGAUCAGAUUUAUUUUCCUAUUAUGUGAUUGUAGAAGCACUAAUAAUAAUGAUGAGAUGGACAUUUG